AUGGUGAGACAACGUGCCUGUGAUGGGUGUUAUCUUCGCAAGUCGCGGUGCAGCGGCGGCCAACCGUGUCAAUCCUGCGUCCAGGCUGGAUUCGAAUGCUCCUAUCUCAAACCGGUGGCAAGACCAGGUCCGAAAGGUCCACGAGCUGGAACGUACGCGCAGGUCAACAAGCGCCUGCAGAAACUGCGAGAGCGAGUCCCGACCAACUCAGGGCAACGGCCAGCUGCCUCGCCCAGCUUUUCAGUCGCUGGCACUGAAUGGCCGGCACACCUGCACCUUCCGGAUGUCUUGGGCCACCUAGAGACUUAUGGACAGCGAAUGUAUCCAGUCUGGCCUGUCGUUAAGGCAGCUGGUCUUCAAGAAUCACUCAUGCAAUACAUGGAAAACCUUGAACUACGCGCGCUGGCCUUUGCAGUGUGCGCGGCGACCUGCGCGCAGCUGCGGUGCCAUCCUGACGACGAAGCAGCCGGGAUAGCUGCACAGGGAGAGUUUGCUACGGCUGACGAUUUUGCCAGAGAAUCGGAUCGGUGCCGCACAAUGUACGAUUAUCGUGAAAGCAAUACUUUUGAGGCAGUUCUGGUGCCAUUGUUUCUUCAUUUCUACUACAGUGCGAGGAGCAAAAUGCAGACCGCAUCGCUCCUGCUCCGAGAGUCGGUUACAUCGUGCCAGCUUCAGGGGCUAGACAAAGAAGAUACAUAUCAAUAUAUCGCACCAGAGAAUGAGAGAUACCGGCGGCGGGCCUUUUGGCUUCUCUAUGUGACAGAAAGGGGCCACGCUCUCCAGCAUGGAAUUAAUACCUGUUUGAAAGACUCCAUCCAACCGCCAACGAGCAUCUGUUCAGAUGAACUUCACCUGGUUGAGGCCUUCGACAGCCUUGUGAGCCUCUUUAUCUCUGUCGAGGGCGUCCUCGAUCCUGGUGGCUGGCCUCACGGCUCGAAUACCCUCAUGUGCAGUAAAGAGAUGCUCUGCCGACUACAGAAUCAACUGCGCCAGCGACUCCAGUGGCCCACGGCAUAUCAUGCCUUACAGAGAACCGAUAUUGCCAUUACCCAGCAGUGGCUCCGAGUGCUACUCUGGCAGCUCUCCUUGAAGAAUAUCUUCCUGUCGAGCGCUUCUGCCGAUGACAGUAUGAGAUUGACCUACCCGGUACAUGUCGCACGCGACGCGAUAGUCCUCCUUUCGAAUAUACCCCAGGACACAUUUGUGGCACAUGGCCCUGGCAUGGCAAUAAAACUGUUUGAAAUCACAAGUACCCUGCUGGAUGUGAUUCAUUGUGUUCCCGCUCUGUUGCACCACAAUUCAGGUGGAAUAUACGACACCCUGCACCAUCUAUGCUACCUUUUGUCAUCUUUGGGCCACAAACCACAUGGCCUGGAGGUGCUACAGAGGAAAUUGGACGAAUUAGGAAUUCCAUAUCGCCAAAUUACUGCGCUGUCUCCGCCUGAACAUGGUGACUCUCCAGCCGUCGAACCGCUUGAUGAAGAAGAAUUGGAUUCCCAGUGA